AUGUCCAACAGCAGCUCCAUCACCCAGUUCCUCCUCCUGACAUUCGCAGACACACGGGAGCUGCAGCUCUUGCACUUCUGGCUCUUCCUGGGCAUCUACCUGGCUGCCCUCCUGGGCAACGGCCUCAUCUUCACCACUAUCGCCUGUGACCACCACCUUCACAUCCCCAUGUACUUCUUCCUUCUCAACCUGUCUGUUCUUGACCUGGGAUCCAUCACCACCGUUGUCCCCAAAGCCAUGGCCAAUUCUCUCUGGAACAGCAGGGCCAUUUCCUACACAGGAUGUGUUGCCCAGGUCUUUCUCUUUAUCUUCUUGUUUGCUGCAGAGUAUUACCUUCUCACUGUUAUGUCCUAUGACCGCUACAUUGCCAUCUGCAAACCCCUGCACUACGGGACCCUCCUGGGCAGCAGAGCUUGUGUCCACAUGGCAGCAGCUGCCUGGGGCGCUGGGUUUCUCAAUGCUCUGCUGCACACGGCCAAUACAUUUUCCCUGCCCCUCUGCCAGGGCAAUGCUGUGGAACAGUUCUUCUGUGAAAUCCCUCAGAUCCUCAAGCUCUCCUGCUCACAGUCCUACCUCAGGGAAGUUGGGCUUCUUGUGGUCAGUCUUAUAGUAACAUUUGUCUGUUUUGUUUUCAUUGUGGUGUCCUAUGUGCAGAUCUUCAGGGCUGUGCUGAGGAUCCCCUCGGAGCAGGGACGGCACAAAGCCUUUUCCAUGUGCCUCCCUCACCUGGCCGUGGUCUCCCUCUUUGUCAGCGCUGCCAUGUUUACUUACCUGAAGCCUCCCUCGAGCUCCUCCUCUUCCCUGGAUCUGGUGGUUACACUUCUGUAUGCGGUGGUUCCUCCAGCUUUGAACCCCCUCAUCUACAGCAUGAGGAACACGGAAAUCAAGCAUGCAGUCUGGAAAUUGAUCACUGGAAGUUUCUCUGAGGCAGUAAAGUCUCCAUCUUCUGCGUAG